AUGGGAGACCCGAGCCACAACAUCAACGAGAAGAUGCUUCAUCAUCUGCAUCUCAUCAGCACUUACAGAUAUGCCGCGAUGGCCGAUGUUGGCGUCCCCGACGCUUCCAAGUGGCUGAUGAAUGCUCCCAAAAUCGCCCGCGACACAGCGCCCUUCUUUUGGACGUACCUCGACGCCCCGGCCGACGGAACCAUAAUGCUCACGUGGCAGCCUUUGCAGCGCCUGGAUACGAACUUUGCGACUGAUGGAUACAUAUGGCCAUAUCCUGAGACCUAUUACCAGCAGGAUCUUGGCAACGGCCUGGUACUGGAGAUGUUCUUCCAGAGGGUUGGCUACCGUCAAGGGGAGCAGUUCGCCCAACAUGCGAGGAAACGCUUUCGCCUGGUUCCCAAGCAACCUCAGGUGCCCGGCGCGCCCCAGGUCGACCCCAGCCUCUGGAUCGUGCACUACGGACCCAACUCGGCCCAAGAUAGAGUGCCGGUCAACAUGAUACCCAUUGACCCCCGCACACAUGGUUUGAUGCAAGCUCGCAUGCAAUUACAGAGGGGCGGCCAGAUCGCUCGUAAAGAGUUCAUGCUUGCCGAUCGACUUAACUGGCCGACCAUCAAUCCGCCACGGGAGGGCAGAGGCCACCCAAUGAUGGCUCAGCAACCUCAUCCGCGCACCAUCCCCCAGCAGAUGGCCUACCCUCCGCAGCAGCCCGUGCCAAACAAGCGUGCAAGGACUAGUGCGCAUCAGAAUCAGCAGAUGAUGAGUGCUGCUCCUUUUAUACCCUUUGACGAUGAAGAUGAUACCCACCAGGGCGACGUCUUUGAUCACAUGAGUCCUCGCGACGUCAGCAUGGCCAGAUACACGCGCAAUCACGAGUGGAUGGAAGAGGUUCUGGGCUCCGCGUACCGGAUAGGACAGAUAACACCGGCAGAUCUUGGUCUUGGAUUGCAGGGAGAGUUGGCAUCAUUAACGCAAGGGAUCUACGAGGCCUCAGGCGUUGAUGCGCACAAGAAGCCACCAGCCAAGCCAGUGGUCGGCCACCUUGACCCAAAGCUGGCGAGCGAAUUCCGCGACAGAGUCUCGCAGAAAAUCGAGAAUGACAAGGCUGAGAUGGCGCGCCUGAAGGAGCAGCAUGAGAAGAUGAUGGAUAAGUUCAAGUCGAACUCGAUCCUCAACCGGGCCGAGAAAGAGUUACGCGUCGCUGUCGAUGAAACAGGGCCGGAAUUCUGGCGGCUUGAAGGAAAAGAGGAAGACGAGGGCGAGGGUAUCACCCAGUGGAACGGAAACGAACACAGAAAGGUCAGCGACAUAGUUGCUGAUGUUGAGUCAGCCCUGGGCCGACACAUCGCGGUUGUUAGUGAUGUCAAGCGCAUCCAAGACGGCGGAUACCAGGAGCCUGCGCCUGAGCCGGAGAGUCUCCCGAUGCCUCCAGCUGCACCAGUCCCUAGCGCGAAUGGCGCCGCGCAAGGCCAGCUAUCCCGGCAGGGGUCGCAGGCAGGCUCAACGGCCAGUGGGCUCCUGGCUGGCGACUCUGACAUCGACAUGGGCGGAACCGCUGCCGGUCUCCUGGACCAAAUCCAGGGUGGAGCCUCGUCCACUUCUACGCCCCAGCCUCAACCAUCUACCAUCGCGUCGGAUGCUGCGAUACCAACCAAUGCUGCGACCGCACAGGUCACGGCUGAGCAAGUCCCGGGCAAUGCUUCUGAGGAUGUCACAAUGGAAGACUCUGAUCAAGUCAGGGAUGUGAACACGGCUCCAGACCAAGGAACUGAGAGCGGCGACUGGGUCGUCGUGCCCAAGGGGGGGGUGUCACCAAACGCAUCUACUAGUGCCGCGCCUGCAGCGGACUCUGCUCCGAUACCGACUGAGAGCACAGAGGUGAACAAACCGAUUGAUAACGACGACUUCCUGAACUCGGCCGGCGAGGCACUUGACCAGUCGGCUGCAGAUGACACCCCCGGGGACUUUGGCGACAUAGGCAUGGAAGAUUCAGCUUUUGGGGAGGCCAUGUACGGUGCCGAAGUUUCACGGGACUCGGCCUCGAACACACCUGCAGACGGUGGCGUAUAA